AAGACAAAAAAGAAGAGGAACAAGACGCGGAACACGUGUACUCACGAGGAGAGAUGUGUCUGAAUUUUGUCGAAUCCAAAUAUGAAAUAAUGAUUAGAUUUGCCAAACACAGAAUCCAUUUCCUCAAAUCGGAUUGAUGUUUUUGCUUUGCCGUAGGCUUCCCUCACUUGUACGCACAACAACCCAUCUCUGCAAAUCUAUGGAGCCUGCGGUGACGGCGACUUCCUCUUUCGGUGGUGGGUCUUCUCGACUCGCUGCUUUGGCCCAGCAGCUCCGCCGUUACAAGCCGCCGCCCUCUUCUUCGUUUGAUGACGCUGAGGAGACGCAGACAGAUCAGGAGACCGCCGGGAAAGUGGUUUCUCAGGUUGGGUUUCAGGAAUCUAUUGCUCCGGUUUCAAAAGACCCUGAGAGGUUCAGACCCAAGAGAGCGGCUGUAUUGAUCUCUAUCUUCGAAGGAGACGAUGGUGAUUUGCGUGUCAUUCUCACUAAGAGAUCUUCCCGAUUGUCUACUCACUCAGGAGAAGUUUCACUGCCAGGUGGUAAAACGGAGGAGGAUGAUAAAGAUGAUGGGAUGACUGCAACCAGAGAGGCCGAGGAAGAGAUUGGAUUGGAUCCUUCCCUUGUUGAUGUUGUCACUUCACUCGAACCAUUUCUGUCUAAGCAUCUCCUUAGAGUAAUUCCUGUGAUAGGAAUCUUAAGGGACAAAACAAAAUUCAAUCCGAUACCAAAUCCUGGGGAAGUGGAAGCUGUUUUUGAUGCACCGUUGGAAAUGUUUCUUAAGGAUGAGAACCGAAGAUCUGAGGAGAGAGAGUGGAUGGGCGAAAAGUAUUUGAUCCACUACUUUGACUACAGAACAGGAGAUAAGAAUUAUAUGAUAUGGGGUUUAACUGCUGGGAUUUUGAUCAGAGCUGCAUCUGUGACUUAUCAAAGACCACCUGCUUUUAUCGAACAGUCCCCAAAGUUUAAGUACCCUAAAAUGGUAGAAAAGCAUACUUGUAUGCCUAAAUGAUCAUAAUUUUUUGAUUGAUGCUUUCCUAGAUCCGUCUUCUUCCUCUAGAAGAUCAACGAGAAGACAAUAACAUUCCGUACAACUGAUUCUCCAUACCAGUAAAUGCAGCCCUAGCUACUUGUUAGGCAUCUCAUGAAAGGUUUGCAGAACGGUUUCCAUAAAUUUUCUGUUUUUUCAGGAGAUUAUUGGAGGGGUUUCUAUCUCGUCAUGAUCUAGAUAACAUCUGGCUGGUUAUGAUUCUAGGCAAGCAUCAUCCUCAACCGUCGAUUUGGAGAACAACUCAGAAUCGUCUUCAAAGGCUCAUUUCCCAUUGUAGAAUUUGUGCUAAAUAUAUUUGUAUCCUGAACAAAUUUGAAUCCAAACUUUUCUUGUCAGCCUUAUGAUUUGUCAUUGUUUUAGAUUCAGGCAUUCACAAAGCAUUUAAAUUGUCAUCUCUGGGCUAGAUUUGUUGUGUUUCAGUGGUAUACUUAGUUAGGUUUACUUAUUGCAUUAUAGGUUAAUCCCAGGACCAUUAUUUCUCAUUUUAAAUCCUAUUUUCCUGUUAUUGCAUGGUUUUGGUUUUAUCUGGUUCUUUGUUGGCAGUUUUUUCCUUUGCAAAUGGCUUCGAUUCUGCAUGCUUGAAUUUUGGUAGAAACUAUCCAAACAAGUCCCAUUGUACUAAAGGCAUGGUUCUGCACUGGCUACUCAUUCUAAAGGCAGGAACUCGAUCCUUUUCCUAUACUUAGCUGCUCAUUCGUGGAGAAUAUACAGCAAUUAUCCUUUAAUUGUUCGAUUUUUUAAUGGAAAAAUUGUCAGCUGGAAUGUUGAUCUUCUACAUAGAAAAAGUCAGUGGGGCAUUCCGAGAAUCGAACUCGGGACCUCUCGCACCCAAAGCGAGAAUCAUACCACUAGACCAAAUGCCCUGUUUUAUUAUGUAGUUCAGCUCAUUCUAUGUAAAUCUGGCUACUCAGAAAACAUGAUGGCCCCCUUAAAUGAAGGAAUCUGGUUACAAAAAUUUAUCGAUUGUACGUGAAAGAGUGUUCAUUCAUGGUAAAUGUGGCUGCUUACUAUAUUAUUAUAGUCCUCCCUAGAUGAAGGUUACUGGUUACAGAUUUAUCUAUUGUACGUGAGGAGCGGCAACAUCUCCUAUGAGUAACUCCUUUAGUAGGAAUGUAAAUGGUACAAAGGAGCUAAAUCAAACACCAAAUGCUGCAGGAGUGGGAAGUGGAAACUCUGCUUGAUGUACCCUUCUGAAUGUUUUAAUGAGAAUCAGAGAAGGGCCGUAAGUUGAAGUACCCUAAAUGGUAUGCCUGUGAACGAGUUUUGCGUUUUGCCUGAAGGCGGUUCUCUAGACGACUGACAAGCCUGUAUCUACCUCAAGAUGAGCAAGAAUACUAUACACUCCUUACUACUGAUUCUCUAUUUAAUGUUCCACGAAUCUCUCUGUUUGUUGGAAGAUCAUUUCCAGGUGUCCCCUUUUCUUCAUUACCUUAGAUUAGUCUUUGACUAUAGUUUUCUGGUUAUGAAACAGAUUGUGUCGCACUAAACAUCUUUAAGCUUGGGUUUGAGCCUUGACAUGUUGUUACAUUCUAGUUGAUAUCACUGUUUCCAAAUGUACCAAAAAUAGUUAGAUUCUCUCAUUUUUUGAGAUUCUGUUUUAGUUUAUGGUUUUGGUUGUAAUUA